GCUAUAGCUAACCUGUCAUGUCUUUACAGCCAGCAGGAGCUUUGCUAGUGUGCUUGCUCCGUCAAUAUGGAGGGUCAACACGGCAGACUCCACUCGCGUUAAGGCCCGCCGUGCGCCCAGACCGGUGCCAUCGCGCCGCCGCCCCGCAGCCAGCAAACCGCCCCUGCCACUCAGGCAGAGCGCUGCCAGCCACCAGGCCGCACACACACCGCCGGUCUUCCUCUCCGGAUCCACCCGAGGCCGAGCACACAUCUCCACCGCCGCCGGCCGCCGGCGAGGGGGGAGGAGGGCAGCGGCGGUGGUGUUUGGAGUUUCGCCCUAGCCACCCCAGGAGCACGACGCGCGCGGGGGCAGUUUCCGUGGCUGGGAGCAAGGGCCUCAUCCCAUCCCAUCCCAUGGUUGAUCACGAAACAUAGAGAGCUCGUUCUAGGAGCCAUGAGGACGGACGCCAUCUUCCUGAGGGCAUGCACAAAGCUCAGAUCUGCCGUUGGACAUGAAUCCGUGGCGCGAGGUUUGAACUUUGCCGGUGACCUGCGGGAGAUGCUGCGCGCGCUGGAGGUCAUCCAGCCGGGACUGGAGGAAGCCGAGAUGCGAAUAUGCACGGGUGAUACUAGCAGGCUGCUGAUGAAUUGGAUGAAGGAUGCCACGCAAGCCGCCUGCAGGGUCAUGGAUGUGGUCGACGAGUUGCAAGACACCAGGCCACCGGCUGCUGCUGCCACGAUGACAAGGAUGCUCCCCCGCCUUGCCAUCAAGAAGAAUGAUAUGGCCACCAAGGUGAACGAGGUAAAGAAUCAAGUGAUAUGGCUAAAGGAGUACUGGCGUUCUUACAUUUGUGGGGAAGAGGAUACCAUCCCGCAGCAACUGCAAGUUAGGGAUAAACGGACAACAGUACCAUGUUUUCAAGAGGCAUCUGUUAUCGGAAGGGGGCCAGAUAAACAGAGGAUAGUGGCCAUGCUGCUAUCUGCUGCGACUAACAUCACACAAGGGCCACCCAGCUGCAUCAUUCUUCCAAUAUUUGGGCUUGCUGGAAGUGGCAAGACAACCUUGGCAAAAAUGAUUUUUAACGAUACCAACUACUUCCUCCAAGAAUACAACUUUCGUCUCUGGGUUCAUGUCUCGCCGAAAUUUGACAUCCAUAGAAUAUGUGAGUAUAUAAUCAGUCAAGUGGUGUCAAGAGGAGGACAAGAAGAUAUCAACAGCCAUAGUUCUAAUUCAGAAAGGUAUCUGGCGCGCCUUCACGGGCUACUUAACGGUAAGAAGGUGCUCCUUGUUCUGGAUGACCUGUGGGAGCAGGAUUCCACUCAGCUACAGCUCUUAAAGUCCAUGUUAACGGCCUUGGGCGACAAGCUGGAUGUGAUAGUGACCACAUGCAAUCGAGCCAUUGAUAGAAAGAUUUGCACUGUAGAGCCGUACAGGCUAACUCCCUUGGGCAAUGAUGCAUGCUGGCAAAUAAUCAAAAAAUCAAUCCGUUUAAAAGAACAUGAUGAAGAGUUGGAGAAGAUAGGACGGGAGAUCGCAAGCAAGUGCUGCGGUGUACCAUCAGUAGCUGGAGCAUAUGCAGAGAUGUUACAUUCCCUAGAUCCUACAAGAUGGGAAGAGGUCAUGGAAAGAAAUAUAUGGAGAUGCUGUUCUAGUGUUGAUUCAACAUCUCACUCGCUGCUUUCAACUUUCGGUUUAAGCUACAUAAGUAUGCCACCAGAGUUAAGGCUCUGUUUUGAUUAUUAUUGUGCUAUCUUCCCAAAUGGCCACACUAUAGUUAAAGAUGACCUGAUUCGUCAAUGGACCGCUCUCCAUCUCAUUGAGUCAUCUGAAAGUUUAUCUGCCACACAGAUUGCUGAGGUGUAUAUUACCAGUCUUUUGGACAUGUCAUUCCUUCAAACUGCAAAGUCAGACCCCGUCAACGGGGAGGAUGAUAAGGGUGCAAUCCUGUUCACUAUGCACGGUCUAGCGCAUAACUUUGCAAGGUGGUUCACACUACUUGAGUAUACCUACGACGAUAACAUCCCCACACGAUGUGUGCACUACAGGCUAGUCACCAGUGGCCACGGGGAUUUAUUUGACCGAGAUGAUGACUAUGUAAGGGCGCUGCGCUGUGUCGGCUGUAGUGAAGUGAAGUUUAACGAAGACUCGUUUUCCUUUAAGAGGUGCCUACGUGUCCUGGAACUAACAGAGAGCUCUGUGCAGAAGCUACCAGACUCCAUCUGGCAAUUGAGGCACCUAGGGUAUCUUAAGAUAUCAGAAUUCUCUAAAUUGGUAGCUCUGCCAGAGUCAUUUGGACAUCUGAAUAAUCUAUUCCACAUCGACUUAUCAGGCUGCUCUGGACUGAUAAAUCUACCAGAAUCAUUUGGAAAGCUAAUCCGUUUAGUGCAUGUCAACUUGUCAGGCUGCUCUGGGCUCGCAACUCUUCCGGAAUCAUUUGGGAAUCUCAUAAACUUGUCCUAUCUCAAUCUAUCACGUUGCUACGCACUGACAGAAAUUCCAGUACUACUCCAGAAGCUCGCCAAAUUGGUACACCUGGAUUUAUCAUUCUGGUCUUGCUUUGAGGGCAUCGGGAAAGGCCUUGGCGGCCUCACCAAUCUAGAGUAUCUCAACUUGUCCCACCCUUGCAGUCAUCUUCCCCGACACCGUUCCCACCUCCAGGAGCUAAAAGAGGGUUUGUGCAAUCUUACCAGCCUCCGAUAUUUGAACUUGUCAAUGUGCCUGAAUCCUAUCUUUUACUGCCCCCAGUCACAAGAGAGCAGUCUCCAAUAUAUUGGAGACUGUCUCAGAGGACUUUCCAGUCUAGAGCAUUUGGACCUGUCCCAUAACACAUUUCUUUGUUAUCUACCAGAAAGCCUAGGUCACCUCAACAAACUGCACACACUUAACCUCUCAGGCUGCAUCAGACUGAAGAAGAUAAGUGAAAUAAAGUCUCUCAAGUUUAUAUCCCAGAGGAACUGCAGGGGUCUGGAAAGUUGCCACUUUGUCAUUCGUGUUGAUGAUGAUGCACCAUAUAGCAGUAGUAACAUUGGUCAGCUGGAGGAUGUAAAUUGCCAAGAGCUCCAGAUAUCCUGCCUUGAGAACGUGAUGUCUCUGGAGGAAGCACAAAGGAUAAGAUUAGUGGAGAAACAUAAGCUCAACAGGCUGAAGCUUAGUUGGAGUGUUGGUGACACCCGAGGAUCUUUCAAUGUGGACGAGAAUGCUUUGCUAGGAGAACUAGUGCCACCACAUUCUGUGCAAUGCCUUGAGUUUCAUGGCUAUGGCGGCGAAACCUUCCUACCUUCCUGGCGGAUACCAAGCAUAUCUUCUCAUCUCUCUAAUCUUGUGGAGGUCACCAUGGAAGACUUCCCGAUGUGCACAACCCUGCCACCACUGGGUCUAUUACCAAACCUAGAGCGUCUAGUUCUCAGAAGGAUGGCCAGCAUCACAAGAAUCGAUGAUACUGAUCUCAGUAGUGGCAACCAAGAAGCAUUCAGUCGAAUCUCAAAGGUUACCAUAGAUGACAUGGAGAACUUGAAAGUGUUUAUGUUCCCUGGCGUUUCUGAAUUGGUUAUUCAGAAAUGCCCCGAGCUGAGCUUUGGACCUCUUGCACCGAAAGCUCAGAGGUUGGUGAUAUCAGACUGCAACAAAGUUAUGUCUUCAUGCAUAAAGAGACAAAGAGACAGUGAAGAGGGAUCUUCAAGUUCUGCUCCACUGACUGAACUGGUUGUUGAAAACUGCAACCUCCCUCUAGGUCACUGGAGUUUGCUUCACCGCCUCUCUGGCCUCCACAACUUAACCAUCAACAACUGCGGCGAUCUAGGUACCACCUCACCAGAGAUUAUUCAGGCCCUUGCCUCCCUCCGGUCGUUAUGUUUUUCCCAUUGCAAGGAAAUGAUAUCACUACCAGAAUACUUUGGUGGACUUACUUCUCUCCGGAAACUCACCAUCCUAAGUUGCCAUGGCAUGAAAUCUUUGCUGCAAAACAUGGACAAACUCACCAACCUCAAAGAUCUCUAUAUUUUGGACUGUCCAAGUUUGAAAGCGUGGUAUGAAUCAGAGGAGAACAAGGUGGAGCUUGCUCACAUACGUCCAAAAUAUGAAAAAGUAGGUGCCAGGAGUAGAGCUUAACAACAUUCAAUCAUACGCAAAGGAACCUUCUCUCUGUCAAAUUUGGUCCAAGAUGCUGGAUGAGUAUGGCGCCCAACAACAAGCUUAAAUCCUUACACAAUGGAAAAGCCUGGCAAUCCCCCGGACGAUCCCAUCGUCUCUUCCUCCGCCCGCGUUGCACGCCACGCGUCCACGUUCUGGGUCCCACCACGUUCUCCCGUCCCUAUCUUCUUCCCUUUCCUUUCGAUACUUUUCCCCAUCCUCCUCAUAGAUUGUAGCACCAACAGCUCAGCUCACCACGCUGAUUCUCCUCAUCUCCCCGUUCCUGCAACCCGCCGCCGCCUCAGCUCGCCGCUGCCACGCCGGUUUUCCGACGCCUCCGCUGCCUUGUCGAUUUUCCUCGCCGCGACUAUCAUAUUUCCCCCAAAUACUACGACCGAUUUAAGCUAUCCAGAGUCGACGCAGUCGACCGCCGGCCGCCCGGCGAGGCAGGCUGAGAGGCCGGACAGGUACGCCGCGCCGUAACAGGCUAGCUAGGAGGAGGUGGUCUCGGCCUCCAGGAGAGCUGGGACGCGGCAAGGACGACGCUCCGCCCUUGCCAUGGAGGAUGCUGCGGGCCAUGGCGGGUGGUCAUGGUGGUGCUGGCGCGGGCGGUGCUGCUGCCGCCCUGCUGCAAGGAGAGCGGCGAACCCGCGGCAGUGCUACGACUUGCCGCCGGCUAUGCUACAAGCCCAGGGCGCGGUGCUACGACCUGCCGCCGGCGAUGCUACAAGCCCAGGGCGGCGGUGCUACCAUAGGCCGCUGGCGUAGUCCGGCGAUGUUGCUUCAAGCAGCCGUUGACGUAGCUGCCAUAGGUCGCCAGCGUUGCUGCCAAAGGCCGGCAUCGUUGCUACAAGCGACCAUGUUGGCAUCUUCUCCGGCGACGGCAGUAUUGCCAUGAGAGGUGGCGAUGCUACCUUGGUGGCAUGGGGUUGCUGCCACCAGCGGUUGGUCUUGCUACCAGCGGCUGCCGGCCCAACCGGCGUUGCUACAAUAGGCGACCGACUUCGCUACAAUCAAGGACCGGUGUUGCUACAAGGGGAGGCCGGCGUUGGUACAUUAAGUUGGCGGCGGUGCUACAAUGGCACGGCUGUGUUGCUGUCAGCGGCCGCCGUCCUUGCUACCAAGCCACAUCGCCGUUACUACAGGGGGAGGCCGGCGGUGCUAGGUGACAAAGCUGCUAGCUGUGGGCGGCUGUGCUUCAAAGGAGGGGCAGUGGUGCUACCAUGGGAGGACGGUGCUGCUACAAAGGGAGGGCGGCCGUGCUACCAAGGGAGGGCGGUGCUGCCAAGACGAAGCUGCAUGCGGUCAGACUAUCUCUGUUCGGUUCUUCAAUCUGGAAGCUCUGGCCGGCGUCGGUGCUUCAAUCGGGAAGGGAGGUACUGCUGGGAGCCACAGACGUUGGUGCCAGACGGCGGAGGACUCCUCGCCGGAGUUCUAGGGGAUGCGGCAGUUGGAGGACUCCUCGCCGGAGUUCUUCGGUGAUGCAGCGGUCGAACCCUCUGGGGAAGCGUGCAGGUGGGUGGGUUGAAUUUUACCAUCGGGGAGACGAAGCAAGAAGGAGACAGUGCGGGUCCACCCACGUGGGAACGGGGAAAGUGACAUCUGCUUCUCUCCCAUCUAACCGCUGCUUGAUCGGACGGCUACCGAGGCGGGGGAUCGCGCGUUUUGAUCCCCCGGGGGACGCUCAGCGCUACCC